AUGUCACGGAACAAGCGCUUCCACACGCGCGAACCCUUCCGCGACAAUGACAAUCUAACGCUCCACCACGCCGAAGGACCAUUCAGCUUCCUCAAUCCCACGAGAGCCCAUUUCAAUCACGCUGCCCUGCUUCCCAAAUCAACGCCAUCACCAACCCCUGAAAGUAGCUCGCAUGGAAAACCGCCAAAACGAACAGAAUCCAUCGUCCCAGCUCGGAAUGUCAAGUUCCUCUGGCGAUCGCGAGAUAAUCGAAAGGGUCGACAUCCGUUGCUUGUCAAGCCGGCUCUUCCGGGUGAGGAAGCGCCGUUUGUGACGCCGAGACGCACAUCGGAUCCUAGGGAGGUGGUUAAGAUUGUGGUUAAGACGUUUACGUAUUAUCCGUUUUGGGAUAUUUCGUGGCUGGUCGCUUUUAUAUUUACUUGGGGUAGUGUAGUUUGGGUUAUCAAUGGCUUCUUUGCGUGGCUUCCGCUGGUAGCGCCGGACACGGAAUUCCCAGGGGAGUCUUACUACGGCGGCGGGAUAACAGCGUUUAUCGGGGCAAUCCUCUUUUUCGAAGUCGGCUCCAUUCUGCUCAUCUUCGAAGCCAUCAAUGCUAACAACGCGGGAUGUUUCGGCUGGGCCGUGGAACAACUUGUCGACGGCGGCAACGCGCAGCUUCAACUGGUUGCCACGCGCAGCCAUUGCAGGCAUCACCACCAGAAUAAGCGCAACUUGGUUGGCAAGCCUUCUCUUUCCACGACAUCGUCAGCCUCGUCGUCCAGUUCUCAAACCGGCAAGCACUGGCAGUGGUUCCCGUCGUGGCAUGACCUGCGGACGCACUACUUCCACGAGCUUGGCUUCAUUGCCAGCUCGGCCCAGCUUUUUGGCGCUACUGUCUUUGGUGUCUCUGGAAUCACUGCUUUGCCAGGGAUAAUCAACCACCUCACUCCGCAGUGGCGCCUCAACGCGGCGUAUUGGAUUCCCCAAGUCAUUGGUGGCAGUGGAUUUAUCGUCAGCAGCACACUGUACAUGCUGGAGACGCAGCAGAAGUGGUGGAAGCCGGCGCCGCAUCUGCUGGGGUGGCAUAUUGCGUUUUGGAACCUCGUUGGGGCGUUUGGAUUUACGUUGUGCGGCGCGUUGGGGAUGGCGUAUGGGAAUUCGGGGGCACAGUAUCAGGCUUCGUUGGCUACGUUUUGGGGCUCGUGGGCGUUUUUGAUUGGCAGCUAUUUACAGCUGUAUGAGAGUUUGAAUAAGCAUCCUGUGGAGGAGGUUUCCGACAUGGCAGACUAUUCACCGAGCGAAUAG